AUGGCUGCAGUUGAACCACCCCUUGUACCUGAUAAUUAUCAACUGAAAUGGCAUUCAUUUGGCUCGCAUCUGCAUUCUUCUGUUGCAACUCUUCUUAAAUCGGAACAUUUUGCAGAUGUCUUUCUUUGCUCUGGGGAAGGUCACUGUUUUCCCGCUCAUCGCUUUGUUCUUAGCUCAUGCAGUCAAUAUUUUAGCGGAAUUUUUGAUAGGAUGAAACAAACUCAGCAAAAUCUUCCCAUGUAUGUAGUUCUUCCUCCAGAAAUCAGUACUAGAACGUUAAAAACUCUUAUACGUUAUAUGUACAGUGGGGAGACAACAGUGUCCAACGAUAUUUUGGAUAACGUUCUCCGUGGUGGAGAUGCAUUAAAAAUUCGCGGUCUUUGGCGACAAAAAAAUGAUGGACCUUUUCCAAUGGAAGCACCAGCUCAGCAACUUGCACAUACUAACAAACCAUCUCGUUUACAGGAAGAUAUAGCUAAAUCUCAGAGCAACAUGAACGCAGUGCAUUCUAAAACUAAACAAGUACCUAAAUUAACAAUUAAAUCUGGGAAGUCUUUUGAAACGAUAAAAAAUUCCUUACCUCAAACAAAAAAAAAUGAAACUACACAUGUACCUAUAAAAAUCACCGAAAAUCACAAAUCUCCUGCAACAGAAAGCCCAGUCAGCGAAAAAAGACCGCGAUUAGAACCGAAAAAAAUUGAAACGUUAUUACAAAAAUCUCAACAUGAUGUAAACUGUGAUAAAAAUGAUAAAACAAGAGAGUAUCUGGUGAUAAAAGAUGAGCCAAUAGAUUGGGAAGAUUAUAUCGAAAGUCCAGUAGUGCAAAGUGAUGAAUUUCGCACUGAAAUUACGAUAAAACCUGAAAUUCUUUAUGACCCAGCCGAAGACGCUGACGAAGCCGAUACAACGGAAGAAACAAUGGAAAGCAUAGAACCAGUCUACUCACCGCUCACGUGUGAACUCUGCGCUGAGGUCUUUGCAUAUCCUGCGGACUGGGUGCGACACAUUGAAGGACAUUCGAGCUUGGAUGGACAGACUGAUCAACCUGCGCGGAGGCAACGAAGAGGAAGGAAAUGCGAUGAUGAAAACGACACUGAGAAUAUAGCGUCAUUACGUUGUGAUUUAUGCUCAAGACUGUUUCCUACGCCUGCGGAAUGGGUCCGGCACAUCCAGAGCACGCACACCGAAACGGAACUGGCCAUGUCUAACAACAGCCUACCGCCCCGGCCGCGCACCAGACCGACAUACAGUGACGGCACCGUGAAUAAAACGUGCUCCGUCUGCCAGAAGAAAUUCCCGUCUCACGCCAGCAUGGUCAUACAUAAACGCACGCAUACUGGUGAGCGACCUUUUUUAUGUAGCCUGUGUAACAAAGGGUUUAAUGUUAAAUCUAAUUUACUGCGGCAUUUAAGAACAUUGCACGAUCAAAUAAUUAGCCCUUCUACAGUCGCGGACGGCGUUAAAUCAGAAGCGCAAGAGCAAGACAUGAUGGAAGAGGAAACGCAAGAAAACGGAUAA